GCAGGCACCCCGGGCACCGCUGCCCGCAGCCACCCCUCUCCCUGCCCUCAGGGCGCCUGCCAGCACUGAAGACGCGGGACGAGGGCACCAUCUCCAAAACGCAGCAGAUCAUAACUCACCUCAGGAAACAGAAGUACAAUGCCGACUACGACCUCUCGGCGACGCAAGGUGCGGACACGCUGGCCUUCGUGUCCCUGCUGGAGGAGAAACUGCUGCCGGUGCUGAUCCACACCUUCUGGGUGGACGCAAAGAACUACGUGGAGCACACGCGGAAGUGGUACGCGGAAACUGUUCCCUUCCCCCUGAACUUCUUCCUGCCCAACUCUAUGCACAAGCAGCACCUGGAGCGGCUGCAGCUCAUGUGGGGAGAUAGCUACAUGGAGGAUGAGGAGAAGCUGGAGAAGGAGCUCUACCAGGAUGCUCGGGAAUGCCUGACUCUCCUGUCCCAGCGCCUCGGCUCACAGAAGUUUUUCUUCGGAGACUCGCCAGCCUCCCUCGAUGCCUUCGUCUUCAGCCGCCUGGCGCCGCUCCUGAAGGCGAAGCUGCCCAACGGGAAACUGCAGCAGCACCUGAAGUCCCUGCAGAACCUGUGCAACUACUGCACCUCCAUCCUCAGCCUCUACUUCCCCUGGGAUGGAGGUGAGAUGCCUACUCGCCCUCGCCUCACAGGCUCAGAGUGA